AUGGAGCUGAUAUCUAGUGAUAACGGUGGAUUUAUUCUGGUCUGGUUGACAUAAAUAACUGCAUAUGAAAUUGUUAAUAUACAAUUCGAGGUCAUAUCAUGUGGCUUCAAAGCUUAGUUCUUAAUAAGAAUUAGGAUCUUUUAUAUAGAGAAGUGGCGAUUAGACUCUUAAACUUUGGAAUAAGAAAAGUUAAUGGAUUUUAGAAUAAAUAAUAUUGAGCAUUCAAAAGAAAGUAAAAAGUGGAUGAUAAUACAAAGGAUAACUGUUGACUGUGAAGGGCACAGAAUUUACUAUAUCAAUGAUUAUCUUUUCACAUUUUAGCCUACAUUAGGCUAAUUGAUGUAUGUCUUUGAAAUGAAUAGAAUAAAUUAAUGUUUUGGUAAAACAAAGGAUAUUGUUGUGAAUGAAGGAAACGAAUGCGGCGGUUGUUUCCAAUGCAAUAUUUUCAAUCAAAAUAAUUGCUUGUAAAUAAGCAUUGUAAUUAUGUCAAUCUCAUAAGAGUCACAGAAGAUGGUGAUUUCAAAGUUGAGUAAUCUAUUCCAUUUGGAACAUGCUAUUUAUAUGGAGGAUUGA